AUGCUCCGAGUGGCCCAUUUAGACUCGAAUGCACUAGAUAAUGAACUAGGGGCAUUCUUUUGGGCCAAUUUCAAGGCUCUUUUGCCCUUGGUCAACGGCGAAUACGUGGAAGAAUGGAAGUUAGCUUUGGACACCCUCGUGUUUCUGUUUGCAACGAAGUACAGCAGGAUAUUCCGGUGCUCUACGACAUAUGGGUCUCGGCUAAGUAACUUGUCGUUCAAAUGCGGCAGAAUAGCACUAUUCGUUGUCACAGUUUUUCAGUCGUACCUAUCUAAGAAACUUUCGCAUCGUAUCUUCAACAGAGACUCUGGAAGAAAUGUGAAGUUUUAUAGAGUGAUGCUGGCUCUAUACAAUGUGUUUGACGCGUGUAACUUCUGUCAUUUCCUUUCUAAUUGGGGAAAUGAAUACGGUGAAAACAAAGUAUACUACACGCUUUUACAAAGGCUGCUCGAUGUAAGGCCUGCCCGAAUACGUGGAGAACAAUCUUAUUACCAAAGCAUGAUAUAUUCUGGGUUGGAAUAUCAGAACAGGCAAUUACUUUGGAACUCAGUGCUGGAACUACUGAACAUAACAGUGCUCCCAAGAGCUAUCUCGAGGCUUACGUCGAAGCGAAGAGGGAAACCGGUUCUGGAACGCGAAACAGACAUCGAACACUGCCACCUAUGUGGUGAGUUCCCUACUAUGCCAUAUAGAAUAUUCUGUUGUGAGCGCCUCUACUGUUAUGUUUGUUUCCUGAAAGUACUUGAGUUGCGCGAAUGCCAAAAUUGCCAUAAUAAACAGGAAAUUAAGGGCAUGCCGUACUACGGUUGA